CCGGAGAGUGAGAAGUAAACAUGAGAAGGUGAAGAAGCACAUGUGCUGUAGUUAAAGUGUUUAAGUGUUCAAGAAUCAUCCGAAGACCAGAGAUAAUUCCUCCUUUACACGGCACGCAGCCAACGAGUAAUGAAUGGUGAGAUUGCACAUUCAAGAUUGACCAACAUGUAUGACAUGUCCACACAGAGCAAAAGCAAAUAUGAGUCUGAGCCAGAGAUUCCCAUCACCAUCGCAAUGUCAUCAAAAGUCUUCAACAUGGAGAAGCAGCUGCAGAGUGGCACAUCAACGAGCCUUGGCCCUGCCCUCUCCUUUGUCAAGGCUCUGCAGGAAGUGAAUGCAAAACUUAAAGAGCAUUAUCCUGAGAGUCAGGAGCUCUUUAAGGUCUUACUCAUCAACGACAGUCCAUCAGACUUUGACAGACUCAACAACGCUAUCAAAAUACAAAAGUUGGAAGAGCUAAUUACUCCCUUGUUAAUGGAGAAAGAGUGUCUCAUAAAUGAAUUAAAGAAGAACAAUACUCAUCUCUACCUGGCUGCUACACCAGGGUUAGAGGUUCAAGAAGCAUUGAAGGAAGGUAUAGCAGCAGCUAUCAUGUACAUCCCAGAGACAGCUAUGGAAGUGUCAGAGACUCAGCUGCGUGUUGUCUUUGAUGGUGAUGCCGUCAUCUUCUCUGAUGAGUCACAGCGUGUUUACGAUGAUCAAGGAGUGGAAGCAUUCCUUGAGCACGACAGGAAAAAUGUUGACGUGCCAAUGAAUGAUGGGCCAUUCAAGAGAUUUCUGGAAGUUUUAAAAAAACUGCAGAUUAAGUUGCGCAAUAAAGGCCUGACCAGGAACUGCCCCAUUCGUACUUACCUGGUGACAUCUCGUAGUGCAGGCUAUGACGGGUACAGAGCCUUACACACUCUGCGCUCAUGGGGUCUGGAGAUUGAUGAGGCUGUCUUUCUAGGGGGGUCUAAGAAAGGCCCCACGCUGGAGAAAAUAAGGCCCCACAUCUUCUUCGAUGACCAGGGCAGUCAUAUUAAAAAUGCAUUGCAGUUUGGCAUUGUGUCAUGUCAUGUGAAAUGUAGCUCAGAGUAAGCAACAGGCAAAUUAAUGUAAUUGGAAGGCAACAGUUGAUUAUGUUAUAACUGAUAAAAAAAAUGUAAACUACAAUAAUAUAUCCCCAUUAUGCAUCAACAAUGUAACAAACACAAAUGUAAGAUGAUUUAAAGUACAAUCAUGUGUGUGUAUAAUGUAAUGACAAGUCCAUAAAAGUCCAUAAAAUAGAAACACAAAAGGCAGUGGAACACCUGAAUCAGCAGGUAAGACACGGAUAGGACAACAAAAGGGAUAAAGACACUUUAUAAAGGCCUGUUUGUAAAAUAAAUAAAUAAAACAAAAAAAUGUUGUGGAGUAAUU